CAUUUUAUGCGCGUGUUUUUAUUAUUAUCCAGUUAUUUACUGUAAACAUUUAUUUAUUUAAAAUGGAAUCUCUUCAGGAGAUAUGUCAAUACUUAAACUCAGACACUCGAUUAGAUGUGAAAGCUAUUGCUUUGGAACAUGUACUCAGUGUAACUGGGACUUCAGAAGGACGAGAGUUAUUAUUAAAACUUCCUGAUUUAUUGUUACAAUUAAUUGCUCUAACCCAAGAUUCCUCUGUAGCAAUUUCUAAUGAUGCAGCUAUGGCUUUGAUAAACAUAACUGCAGAUGAGGCAGGAAGCAAUGCUUUUUUAUUGAUUUCAGAAGCACAGCCCAACAAUGGAAAAUAUAACUACAAUUUAAUACAUGUUUGUAUUAGAUUUAUAAUGGAUAAAGAAAGUGUUCUAGCAGACCCAUGCUGCAUGAUACUUUCCAAUAUCACCAGACCAUUGCAUUUAGUGGAUAGAGUUGUAAUACUCAUUGAGAAAAGUGGCUAUACAUGGGACAGUAUUGUGGCAGCAUUCACUGCUAAACAAUAUAACAAUACUGGUGCCAAGUUGCACUAUUUGGGUCCUGUUUUCAGCAAUCUCAGUCAAUCUCCACAUGUAAGAAGGUAUUUAAUGGAUAGAGACCGUAGUGUUAUCCAGAGACUGCUUCCAUUCACAGAGUAUACAGAUAGUUUAAUAAGACGUGGUGGUAUAGUUGGUACAUUAAAAAAUUGUUGCUUCGAUGUAGAGGAUCAUGAAUGGUUAUUAAGCCCUGAAGUGGACAUUUUAUCUUGUCUUUUAUUGCCUCUGGCUGGGCCAGAAGAAUUUGACGAUGAAGACAAUGAUAAAUUACCAAUUAGUUUGCAAUAUUUACCAGAAACAAAACAGAGAGAGCCAGAUUUAGACAUUAGAAUCAUAUUACUAGAAGCUCUGGCUCAACUUUGUGCAACAAAAAAGGGUAGAGAAAUAUUGAGAGAGAAAAAUACCUAUGUAAUACUGAGAGAGUACCACAAAUGGGAGAAAAAUAAAAAUGCACUAUUAGCCUGUGAAAAUGUUGUGGAUAUUUUAAUUAGGACUGAAGAAGAGAUAGGUUUGGAUAAUCUAAAGAACGUGGAGGUCCCCUCAGAGUAUACCGAGAAAUUCCACAAAAUGGAUCAAGACUUUAUUAAUAGUACAUGA